GGGGAUGAUGUAGAUGAAGCGUAAACGGGAUGGGGAUUGUGUAAAAGUGACGUCAGGGUGGAGGUGGAGUUUGGGGGCAAGAUGGCGCCUGCUGCGGUGGGGGCCGUGUCCGGGGAGCGGGGUCUCAAGAGCCUGGUGUGGCAGAAGCUAAAAUUAUCAGUAUUUGAUGAUUGUAGGAAGGAAGAAGAAUGGAAGAUAAUUAUUUUAGAUGACUUUACCACUAAACUACUGUCGUCAUGUGGCAAAAUGACUGAUUUACUGGCAGAAGGCAUCACUGCUGUGGAGAAUGUUUAUAAAAACCGUGAGCCUGUCCCGCACAUGAAGGCAAUCUAUUUCAUCACUCCAACCAAGAAGUCUAUAGAUGGUCUUAUAAAUGACUUUGUAAGUAAAUCAUCCAGCAAGUACAAAGCAGCAUAUGUCUACUUCACUGACUUUUGCCCUGACAGUCUCUUUAAUAAAAUGAAGUCCUCCUGCUCAAGGGCUAUAAGAAGGUGCAAAGAAAUAAAUGUUUCCUUCUUUCCAUAUGAAUCUCAGGUAUUUACUCUCGAUGUCCCAGAUGCAUUCUUCUGCUGUUACAGUCCAACUGUGGAAAAGGCAAAUGGUAAAGAUGCUAUCAUGGAAGCAAUGGCUGAACAAAUUGUUACAUUAUGUGCAACUUUAGAGGAAAACCCAGGAGUAAGAUAUAAAAGCAAGCCAUUGGAUAAUGCCAGCAAACUUGCAGAGCUAGUUGAAAAUAAGCUUGAAAACUACUAUAAAAUUGAUGAGAAAACCCAAAUAAAGGGUAAAACCCACUCCCAGCUGUUAAUAAUUGAUCGUGGCUUUGACCCUGUGUCCACUGUACUCCAUGAACUUACCUUCCAAGCAAUGGCAUAUGAUCUGCUACCAAUUGAAAAUGAUACAUACAAAUAUAAAACAGAUGGAUCCAGUGGAAAGGAAAGAGAGGCAAUUCUGGAGGAAGAAGAUGAGCUCUGGGUGAAAAUUCGGCACAAGCAUAUUGCAGAUGUGUUAGAGGAAAUUCCAAAACUUUUGAAAGAAGUUUCAUCAAAGAGAAAAGCAACAGAAGGAAAAUUAUCACUAAGUAAUCUGGCCCAGCUAAUGAAAAAGAUGCCCCACUUCCGUAAACAGAUUACCAAGCAAGUAGUCCAUCUUAACAUAGCAGAAGAUUGCAUGAGUAAGUUUAAAUCCAGUAUAGAAAAGCUGUGCAAAACUGAACAGGAUUUAGCUCUUGGAACUGAUGCAGAGGGCCAAAAAGUGAAAGACUCAAUGAGAGUCCUUCUUCCAGUUCUACUCAACAAAAACCAUGACUCUUAUGAUAAAAUAAGAGCGAUCCUCCUUUAUAUCUUCAGCACAAAUGGAACUACACAAGAGAAUUUGGACAAAUUGAUCCAGAAUGUACAAAUAGAAAGUGAUAGCGACAUGAUAAAAAAUUGGAAAUACCUUGGUGUACCUGUUGUGGUCUCGUCUGCUUCUCAGCAACGUAGACAAUCAAGGAAGGACCGCUCUUCAGAAGAAACGUUUCAGCUUUCUAGAUGGACACCUGUUAUCAAAGAUGUUAUGGAGGAUGCUAUAGAAAACAAACUCGAUUCAAAAGAAUGGCCUUACUGUUCCCAGUGCCCUGCAACCUGGAAUGGUUCAGGGGCAGUAAGUGCUCGCCAGAAGUCCAAGACUAGUUACCUGGAUGACCGAAAGAGUGGUUCAAAGCUGAUAGUUUUUGUAAUUGGAGGCAUCACAUACUCUGAGAUGCGCAGUGCUUAUGAAGUUUCUCAAGCCUACAAAUCUUGUGAAGUUAUUAUUGGUUCUACUCAUAUUUUGACACCCAGAAGACUGCUGGAUGAUGUAAAGAUGCUUAAUAAACCAAAGGAUACAGUUUGCAUUAAGGAGGAAGAGAAACUGUAAUGUUCAAGCAGUACUAUUUCAGUAGUGAUUAAUUAAAAAUGUAUUAAGAGAUCACUUAAUAUAAAUAGCAUGUAAAUAUUUUUAUGGAAUUAACUUUUUCCAGUGAUGUAUUUGGGAAAGUACACACCCUCAACUAAUGGAGUAUCUUUUUAUAAUUUAAAUUUGCUGAUUCUUCUUUUUGGAGUUAAGGGCAGGAAG